GCACAAAACGAAAAGUUCAUUGCAAACAAACAAUAAAAAGUUUAAAAAAUCUUCAAAAAUCUUCAGAAAUUGAUUUAACUAAUGAUGAAGUCACUAUAAAUAAAGACAAUUUUAAGGAAACAUAA